GGUGCGCACACCAACAUAUACGCUUCGUACGAUGUGCACAAAGAAGAGAGACCAGAACCGUUCUCUUUGACAGUGGAUGCGUGGAAACAUUGUUCUGUCGGAUUCAUCUGUCCCAUAUUCAAACAGGGAGGAGGAUGAAGGAGUCAACCUGCCUCACGAUACUUUUCGUUGUGUUGGUUGUUCCAUAUCUGCUCUACCCAGCAGGGGCCAUCGACGACUGUACGUCUAUUUUAUCGCCGACUGCCCAGUCAUUUGCAAGUGCCUCCAAUGUGUCGAAUCAGCUUAUAACGUUAAAGAAAUCACACCUGUACGCUCUUGACAGCCCUGAAUUGGACUUUCGCCAUGGUUGCAGUGUUCAGUUCACGUCUUUGACCCUGUACAUCAAGGGCAACUGCUCUCUUAAUCUGCAAGGAUUCGUCAAAACGUACCCAGGAUUCACACUGACCAUGGCUUCGAUGAGUUUGGAACACACGUCAGAGUAUCUCGUCAAGCGGACGUUCGAUCUGCGAAACCUUCAGCUGGAUAUGUGCACGUGCGCGGCGGUCACUUCGGGCACAAUUGUUUCGUUGUACCUUUUAAACAGUUCCCCACAACUGUGCAACAUUAGCGCAAGCAGCAGUACCCUCUCAACACUCCCUUUGAAGAUCAUAUCGGAUCCCGUUAUGUGCAGGCCAGCCACAGCAUACUUGACGGGUUACGUUCGCCUGCCAUGGUACACCCUAGUCGUGGAAGUCGGAGAUCCAUGCAGAAGAGAGAACAGACAGAUCUGCUCCCCCGGCUGCCAAACUCAGUACAGCCAGUGCCCCAUGCAGGCCAAGAGCGGCGCCACAUUUUCGUGUGCUAAACGAACGUGUAACAGAACACUGCCUGAGCCUUCCAACCCACCGCAUACACAAAACAACUCAUGCCUAGCAAUGUCUUCAGUGACCUCAUCGAUUGCAGAAGUGAAUACUCCAAUGCCGUCAUGGCGAACCAGCGCAAUCACUGAUGUCCAGGAGGGCAGUCGACAGGGCAGCACAACCCCGACUGUGGCCGGUAGGAGUCGUAUCAACGGAUCCACAAGAGCCUCGGCUCCUACAGUGCCAUCGCAUAUGCAUUGGGGAACACCGGAGAGCGGAUCACUUGCUCCAGACACUUCCACAACCAAUCAAGGCACUAGCAGUACAAAUGAUGCCACGCCGCCGACACGGGCACCAGGCAGUGACAUGAUCUAUCCCAGCGCAACUCCUCACACAGCAUCACCGACAACUACGGAAGGCUUACAGGGCAGCAACCAGGCCACCGGCAAGUUACAAGACAAGGAUCAAAUCGAAUUUUACUGCCUAAUAGGGACCAUUGCGAUCCUUGGCUCUCUGCUAUUGGUGUUUAUAUGUCUCUAUGUAAAGCAGCGACGCCUGAACAGGAAUGUAGUGUGCCAUUCCCAUCAGCUAUCGGGAGAAACGGGCACAGUACAUGCUAAUACUGGCGACAAUAUCGAGACGAGUAUGACUCGAUUGCAUCCUUCCUCUCCGACCAGCUGCCACAGCAAUGCAUCGCCAACCAAUACUGCCAGGACCUGCGCUUCCAACGCUUACGAGGACGUGUGUCUUCCAGCUAAAAAGCCUUCUCUCCUCCAGUUACCUAAUCUCAGUGGUAUAUGUAACCCGCGAUACAUCAGCUGGAGUGAACUAGGCGAAAGAGAACCCGAUGCAGAGAGUGGCAUAAGCAGCCAUCCACAACCGGGCCAGACUGUGAAAUCCGAAUGUACCACGAUUAUACCACUGCCAACUGGUAACCCAACCUCAGCGAUCUACGCACAGCCAGAACUGGAUGCAAGUAAGCAUGCGGAAAGCUGCUCAGACCAGUACAUGUCUAUGUCUCUGGCAAAGUGCGCGGCCGCUCAGGUAGGCAGUGGGCCGACGUUCCAGGGCACCAUUAGCAACACCGACCCAGCAACGGCUGAGUCUGAAGAAACGUACACAUGCAUGGCUCGACUGAAGCCAUCUCGCUGUCCAAGUGCUACUCCAGAUAGCAAGCCGCUAGAAGAUGUCUCACAACGUCCUGGUGAAAACCAGAGUGACACGCGUGAACAGAUUGAAGCGCUUUACAGCCAACCUGAUAAAAGCAGAAAGUCCGCAUCAAGCGCAUCACCGUCACAUAACCAGAAAGCUCUGGCAGAAAAUACUGCUCGAAACCCUCAAGACACAUUUUACGUAACUUUGGUGGAAGGCAGUACUAACAACGGCUGAACGGAGGGCAGAUUACGAAAAUUGCUUCACAUCUCUGUCUUUCUCUCACUCUUUAUCUGUCUCUAUCUCUUCCUUUGUUUCUCUCUCUGUAUCUCUCUCUCUCUCCGUAUCUCUCUGUCUCUCUCUCUCUCUGUCUUGCUCUGUCUCUCCCUGUGCCUCUUUGUGUCUAUCGCUGUCUGUAUGCCUCUGUCUCUGUCUCUGUCUCUGUUUCUCUCUCUCUCUCUCUCUCUCUCUCUCUCUCUGUCUUUGUAUCUGUGUCUCUCUUUAUAUGUUUACCUCUGUUUGUCUCUGUCUCCGUCUUUUUCUAUCUCUCUUUGUCUCUGUGCCUAUGUGUCUCUCGUGCUUUGUCUCUGCCUCGCCCUGUCUCUGUCUGUCUCUCUAUCUCUGUCUCUCUGUCUCUCUGUCUAUCUCUCUCUGUGUGUCUCUCUGUGUCUCUGUGUCUCUCUCAAUCUGUCUUUCCCUCCCUCCCUCCCUCCCUCCCUCUCUCUGUCUCUGUGUAUCUCUCUUUCUCUUCUGUCUCUUUCUCUCUCUGUCUAUCUGUCUCGCUCGGUCUAUCUGUCUCUAUCUGUCUCUCUCUGUCUCUCUCUUUCUCUCACUCUCUGUCUCUCUGUCUCUGUCUCUGUCUCUCUCUCCCUCUGUCUCUCGGUCUCUCUGUCUCUCUCAUUCUCUCUCUCUCUCUCUCACUCUUGAUCACACAAGCACAUACACGCACACUAACACAACACACACACACACACACUCAACAGGUAUUAGCUAGCUUGUCCUUUCAAAAUAUACACUGUUUCUGGAAGUGUUCAUGCAUGUUGUAUUGUACCCAAGGCACAUUACAAUGUGUACCCUCUUGAGAGGAUCCUGUGAGUUUGAUUGCGGAACCAACCCUUCAUAAUUAUAAUUCAUAUUUUCAUGUCAUUUUAUUAAAAACUUCUCGCUCACAUACUUGAUACUUGUUUUCGAAAUAAUAGUAUCCGCCCUGUUCGAUAACACUAACCAACUCCUUAUGCUUUCCCUUGAUCAUACACGUUCGUCGACGUUUCAUAUGAUCCUUUACUGUAGACCAAGGCUCACUCUUACGAUACUGACCUCCAAUUAUGUCAACACCAUUCCGGAUUUCUUCUCAAUAACCUGUGGCGGAGCACGUUUCACAAAUAAAUUAUGUUAGGUGUGAUUGGAACUGUUUUUGUCGCCUAUGUUCUCAUCUCUCCUCGCUUCGUUUUCGCUGCCUGUAACCUCAAUUCUCUUUGUUUGCUUGUAUCGAUGAGGGAACAUUAUCUAUUUUGCUGA